AUGGAAGCUCUAAUCUACAAUGAGUCGCCCAUAGCCGAGUACCUGGAAGCAGAUGCUGUACCUUUCGAAUCCGCCGAUCUGCCUCAGACUCCUCCGCGCACCUUCGCUCCCCAAGGCCUUCCUAAACUGCAUGAACGCCUUCGAGCAUUUCGUCAAACUGCGGGCUCCGUCACCGACGUCGCCAACCAGAAGUUUCUGGAGCGAUUUCGCUACACGAUCGUUGCCUCUCAACUACUCCAAGAUGACCCGAAGCCCAGGAGACAUCUGCAAGAUGAGGAACAAGCACUUCACACAGCCACUUUCUCACCAAGAGGUGCUUUUAUGACGGCGGUGGUUUCGUUUUCAAUAGCAUGGUUUCUCCAUUUCCUGAGGCGGCGUUAUCACACGAAACAUUCUGUUGCGUGGUCUGAAGAAAGCAUCUCUCUUCUCCUCAUUUUAGGGGGCCUAUUCGUGAUGGCAUACAUUGCACGCCGGCAAUAUCUGAAGUUCAUUCGGCGGUCUGCGGGUUCAGUACUGGGAAAAGUGGUUGCAGAGUCCUAUAACCUCGACACUGUGACUACUGCAGGACUGCGCUUCAUACAGGAAGUUGAAGUGGUUUCACGAGGCUACGAGAUAAGUCACCCUAUGCCGCCUAUCAGCAGGCUUGAAAACAACAAUGCAAUAUCUCGCUGUCGAGAGCUUCGAGCUAUGCUCGGAACGGCCCUGACUAGCAGUAUCAGUCAGUCUGUCGACGCCCACAAUUCCAUGCAGCCCUUCGUUCGAGAACUUGAGUUGAAGAGCUACCACGACAUUUACGAGGUUUCCAUGCAAGAUUAUACCGACGCUGUUACAUUUGCCAAUAAUAUCUCGAAAGAAGCCCAAGAUUCCUUGAAAGAGUUACGAUUUUUAUUCCGACUGCACCUAAUGGCGAGAAAGGUCUUCCUCUGUGAUCUACUUGCACUUCGCACAGGCUCCACAUGGUAUAACAUUCGACAGUGGAGAAGCACGCUGCGGCUCCUGCAAGAAUUCGAAGCCGAACUCUCUCGAAACGCCCAGGUAGUCCGUGCAGCUCUUGUCCGAGAAGAAUUCGGCGGCGGAUCUGAGAGCAAGACAGCAGAGGAUAACGCGUCCAACGAGACCGACUUGGAAAUAAUGACUCCUCAGAAACGACACACUAUGGCGCAGAUGCGUCGUUUUGACGCCGUUGUGAACUCCAUCCGCUCUCUCAACGCCAAAGUACAUUUACUCAAAGAGGAAAUGCAAAAGUCAUCGGCAAACGAGGACGACUCUACCUUCAGCAUGGCUAUCACCCGUAGCUAUGAGAACUUGGGUGCAGAAAUCCGCAGCACAUUGAACCAAUGGGAGAAUGGAAGAAAUACGAUGUUCCUCAAUAUUGAUGCCGAUCUCGAACGGAGGUCUUCGAGAGCAUCCAGUGACAUUCGAUCUCCUGGGUCCCCUUCUCCUAGCAGCCUCGGUGGACUGACCGUCGUUGAUGGCGGUCCUGCGGAGGCGUUCCGACUGUUGAGUGGCGACGAAAGGGGCUCUUCCGAUGGUGGGCUGGACGGAGAAGUGUUUGAGGCUGUGGCUAUGCCACGAAAGAGGAUGUCAUGGACGCCAAUGAGCCGUGAAGAAAAACUCAGCAAGUUGCAGCAGGAUCGCAAAAAACGCGCGACCAUGCAAGAACAUGCAGACAACACGACCAACAUGCUUCGCGAGCUGCAGAUGGUCAUCAAACACCGUCCCAACCUGGCUCGACCAGAAACACGAGUAACAUCGAUAUGA